UCAUGCGAUUUUACAAAGCAACUUUGCUGAUCAGUGAGAAAUGUGCCCUAUAAAAUGCGUUGCUGAUCUGCCCUGGACGUAGAUCAAUACUUUGAUGUGCUUUUCGAAAAUAAUUAGUCCAUUUCGAUUGCCUGGGCAACAAAUUCCUUACGUCAAUGGCUACUGCUCGGGGCAACGGGAGCGGAAUACAUGUACGUACGUUCGGGUCGUUACUUGGGAUGAUCGUUGCUUUAUUGGCACUCUUCAACACGGUCCGGAAUAGUAAUGCUGCCAACGGAUGUCGUUUCCAAGGAGACAAAUGCGGACCGGGUUUGAAACCGUGCUGCCCGGUACUGCGCUGUGUUGAUCUUGAUGAGAAUGGAUUCGGGACGUGCACGCAACCCCGCAAUGGCCCAGAUGACGACGACGAUGAAACGGACAAUACCAGUGGUAUACCAGUCACCACCGUUGCAGUUAAUGUCACCUCGCCGACAACACGCGGUCCAGCGAUGUGCACCUCCUCUGGACAGAAGUGCGGACCUGCCAUUUACGCACCGUGUUGCAGCGGACUGCAGUGUGAGAAUGUAAAAGCCUCAGACGACUAUGGAGUAUGCCACAGGAGGGUUGGCGGUUUCGAUUUAACUGAUUCGGACUCCUCUUGUAAUUUCAAAUACUCCACGUGCUUCCCGUGUGCAACUCAAGAAACUGCUCCAAACGCUCUUUACGUGGAGAAGCGAUUACUCUGGCCUAACAAAACCGUUCCCUAUAAAUUCUACAGUGACGACUUCGACAAAUGGGAGAUACUGAAGAUCCAUCAGGCUAUGGAUGCCAUACAGGAACUAACUGCUGGGUGUGUUCGAUUCGCUGAACGCAAAAAAGUUAAGCCUGAGAAGGAUUUCGUCACAUUUGGCAAAGACGAACAGUUAAGAUCACAGCGUUCGCAUUGAUGGAAAGAUACCGCC